UUUUUUUUUUCACAUAUUUCUCCAUUAAUUCUCUCUGCACAUUUCCACUUAUACAUACAUAUAUAUUUAUAUCUAUCUACCAACACAUCACCCACAGACAUACCUUAAAUUAUACAUAUAUCAUUCAUCAGAAUUAUUUUAGUUUUGAUUCCAUUUUUGGUUCUUAUCUUCUUCAUCAACCACCUUUUCUCUGUUCAUCAAUCGGCGUAUACCUUCAUCUUUUCCUCUAUAUAAACACACACACUCCACCUACUAGGAGUCAAACACACAUCUUAUAGUUCUUCCCCUUUCUCUGUUCUUCCUCUUGUUCAUAAAUCACACUCACAGAAACGAUUCGGUUGAUUUUGCUUCGAGCUUAUCGAGGUGUUCGAUCAUUUGCCUCUGUGAGAAUACCACCGUGUAAUUCAAAUCAAAGCUGUUCAAAAUGCCUGAAAUUGUCGCCGACGUUUCAACCUCAAAUCCGGCCGGCGAUAACAUACAAACCGGAGGAUAUGUCCCACACAAAGAGCUUUUCGGAUACUCAUCGCCGAGAAGCCCAUUGACGACACUCAGCCCGGAGAGCGACUCAAUGGGUUUAUCCGUUGACAGUCCCGGCGGCGUCGACACCUCCAUUGAACAGCUUUAUAACAACGUCUGUGAAAUGCAAAGCUCCGACCAGUCACCUUCCAGGUUCAGUUACUUAUCAUAUGGUCAAGAAUCGCGAAUAGAUUCAGAGCUCCGCUUUCUCGCCGGAGGAGACUUUAUGAAACCAGACGGCGGUCCUACAAAAGAGACGAUCGUCGCAAUCGAUGAAAAAGAAGUGAAAGAAACAUCAAACGACAGCAACCCGACUGUAAUCAUCCCAAAAUCUGAAGAGUCUUCAACUCCAAAAACCCGAAUUCCUUCUCGUAAGAGGAUUCCAUCGAGGAUGAAUCUCAAAAAACAAGAAAAAAUUUCACCCAACGAAGAUCCAGCGUACCUGGGGACUUAUUUACUCAAACAAGCGCGAGACUUAUUGUCAUCAGGUGAUAACCCGAAAAGGGCUUUUGAAUUGGCUCAACGAGCAUUGAAAUCAUUCGAAAGCAUCCAAUCAGAGACACCAAAUUUGGAAGUCGUCAUGUGUUUGCACAUCGUAGCAGCUUUGAAUUGCAGUUCCGGACGUUACACCGACGCCAUUCCUUUGUUAGAACGUUCAAUCGAAAUCCCAAACAUGGACCAAGGUCAAAAACACUCUCUCGCUAAAUUUGCAGGGUGUAUGCAGUUAGGCGACACGUAUUCAAUGAUCGGAAACAUCGAGAAUUCAAUACUUUGUUACACCGCCGGUUUAGAAAUCCAACGACAAGUUUUAGGUGAAUCCGAUUCCCGAUUUGGUGAAACUUGUAGAUACGUAGCGGAAGCUCAUGUACAAGGUAUGCAGUUCGAUGAAGCUAAACGGUUAUGUCAAAUGGCUCUUGAUAUACACAAAAACGGUUCACCGGAAGAAGCAGCCGACCGGCGGCUCAUGGGGCUGAUAUGUGAAGCGAUGGGAGAUUACGAAACCGCCCUCGAACAUUACGUUUUGGCAAGCGUCGCCAUGGCCGGAGAUGGACACGAAACGGAAGUUGCUGCUAUCGAUGUUUGCAUCGGGGACGCUUAUUUAUCAUUGUCUCGUUACGAUGAAGCAAUUUUUUCGUAUCAGAAAUCGCUUAAUCUUUUCAAAUCAACAAAAGGCGACAAUCAUCCAUCAGUUGCUUCGGUUUUCGUCCGAUUGGCCGAUGUUUACAACAAAAUCGGGAAACUACGUGAAUCGAAAUCGUACUGUGAAAACGCGUUACGGAUUUACGUGAAACCAGUCGCCGGAAUCCCUAGAGAAGAAAUCGCGAGUGGUUUGAUUGAAGUUUCAGGGAUUUAUGAGUCGAUGAAUGAACUCGAUCACGCGAUUAAUCUACUGAAGAAGGCGUUGAAGGUGUACGGGAAGGCGGUGGGUCAGUUGAGCACGGUGGCCGGAAUUGAAGCUCAGAUUGGGGUUUUGUAUUAUAUGAUGGGGAAGUAUUUGGAGUCGCAUGGGUGUUUGAAGGCGGCGAUUGAGAAGCUGAGGGCGGUGGGGGAGAAGAAAUCGGCGCUUUUUGGGGUUGCUUUGAAUCAAAUGGGGCUCGCUUGUGUUCAGAUUCACUCGAUAAAUGAAGCGGCUGAUCUUUUUGAAGAAGCGAGAGGGAUAUUGGAGACAGAGUAUGGACCUCACCAUCCUGACACACUUGGGGUUUAUAGUAAUCUUGCCGGCACUUAUGAUGCCAUGGGCAGAUGGGACGAUGCGAUUGAGAUACUUGAAUAUGUGGUUGGGAUGAGAGAGGAGAAGCUUGGAACUGCAAAUCCAGACGUAGACGAUGAGAAGCGGAGACUGGCAGAGCUUCUUGGCGAUGCGGGCCGGAAUCGUAAUAAGAAAUCAUUGUCACUUGAAUUCCUUCUUGACGCCUAAUUUGGACUUUUUAAAUAUGGUUUGAUAGAAACAUAGGAACAUUAAAGUUGGGGUUCCAUUUUCUAUUGUUGUAUGAUUUUACUUCAAAUUUUGUGUAAAAUAAAUAAAUGGGAAUUUGUGCUUUGUUAAUUGUGAUAGUAA